UAGCCAUAUUGGCGCUGAAAGUAACGACGGAAUUUGGCUCUCCAUGGAGACCUACGACACUGAAUCAGUUCAACAUUCAUUAAUGGAUGAGACUGAUUUACAGGCUACAACGGUGAUGAUGACUUCUCACAAGACGCUAGAAAUAUAUGUUUUUGAAGUAGUUGAUGAUGAAUCAUCACUUUGCAGAUCAAUUUUGGGAUGGAUGGUCUCCUCUGCGAAUUGCUUAGGGAUUGAUACAUUUUUUCCUGUUGGGUUACCAUAUCAAUAUCCUAGUUCAACAUUCACAUUUGAUUUAAGCUGGCCUAAAAAGGGGUUGAGUUAUUUGAACUCAAAGCUGUUUCAUCAGUUCAUUUACUAGCAUACACAGACAUCAAUUGGGCUGGAGACUCUGGUGAUUGAAUGUCGAUUGGUGGGUAUGUGUUCCUCGUUUAUCAAAAGCCGGUUACUUUCAACAUUUAGCAAGUAACAUCCAGUGCCCUUGCUGACUAGUGAAGCAAGAUACAUUUCACACACUCAAGUAGUCAAAAACGCUGUGGUCCCAAUGCAGAAUUUUGAAUAUAUCGGUAUCACUGUUGCUAAUCCAAAUAUUAAUUGUCAUAUCAAUUCUGAUAUUAAGAUGGCUAACCAUCUCUCCAAUUUUG